AUUAACGAGUUGGUAGUUUUCUGCAAACCUAGCCGCAAAUGUGGUGGUUUCUUGCAAUUGACUCUGAUGGUGCUGAUGGUUCUGGUGACGACGAGGAAGAGGAUGAGAUGGAGUGUGGCAAGCCAGCCAUGGAGGAGGAUGGGGUCCAGAGGAUCACCGGCUCCACACCAAUUCCGGAGAUUGAUGCGGAGGCAGAUGCCCAAGAUACCGAUGUAUCAGAGAAACCUGAUCCCAUUCCCACCAACACAAUGGCAAAAGCGUCCAUAAACAAUGAAGUCCUUGAUGGAGCUGACACUGAUUGUGUUGACGAUGAUGAGGUAGACAGAGGCAAAUCGGACGCACAAUUAGCCAAGGAGAAGAGGGUGAUGUCUACCGAGAAGCUCAUGUUUGAGUCCUUCCGUCGUGACUGGGAGGCUGCAUUUAGCCGACGCAGCGGCCACUUCGUUAACAAGACGACAGUGAGUUCCAUGCAGUUUACACACUUGGCACCUGGGCGCAUCCCAUGGGGCGCUGGCAUAGAACCUGCCGUGCAGAUCUUCUCUGUCAAGCUUACAGAGGUGAAAGGCGGCUUCAAGUUUCCAUUGUCCGUGUAUGGUGUGGUCGCUGCCCGUGAUGGCGUGGACUACAACCGCAACCUUAUCUUCUUUUGCGAUAGGAGCAACUCCCAAAAACUUACUCAAAAUGAUCCUUAUCUGCGCCUGAUCGGCCCAUCUCGCGCUGUUUUGUACGAGGACUAUGUUAAUUAUGAGGUCCAGCUUAUGGUGAAAGGCAGCGUCAAGUCUCAGGACAGGCCGUUGAUCACAGAUACAUACCGCCAAAUCCGAUGCCGUAUUGGUGUAUCCACCAUCUGCUUUCAGAACUGCUUCUGCGCGAUGGAGUUACGCUUGGAGCGAUUUCUAGGUUCGGUCCAGGCCACCAUCAUUGGCGUACGUGUCGUCAAAGACAAUGGGGCGUGGCCUUUUGGACAUGGUGUUCGGGUUGCUUGCUCCCCGGCAUCACGGGAACUUAUGGAGGACAGUGAUGGUGAAAUCAAGUAUGUUGCUCAGCCUUCGUCUGGGGAAAUCUUGCUGCUUGAUUCAAAAGAUGGAAGAAGACCUGCGGAUUCAGAGGGAUACCUUUAUCUGUCAAGGCAAGUUGUUUCUGUACAACCAAGCGGACAGCUGGAAGUUGAAAUACAGGCCUAUGCACCACCCGGCGUUCUCCCUGCAAAAGCUCAGGUCUGCUUCGAAGCCCAAGAAUGCAACAUAGACCGUGGUCGGUGUUGCCUCCUCGGUGCCGAGGUGGAGAUCUCUGUUGCUUGGUCCCGUCUUGUUUCGGACAUGGAGAUGCUUGCGGGUGUUGACAGGGAUUUUCAAAGGGACGAACCAGAGGUUGCGUUCACACAAGUGGGGCUGAAUGGAGAGCCUUACAUGGAACGAAUCUUUUAAGAACUGCUUGGUAUUAGUUUGUUGAAGUUCCUAAUCCUAUAGUAGUAUUUCUGCAUCGUGUUUAGUUAUAUAUGUAAGGUGUCCAACUAUGCCUUAUGCUAUGCAUCUGCAUCGGAUUAGCUAUAUAUAUAACCUGUCCAACUAUGACUGAUGCACCAGGCAACUGUUUGUUUGGUUGUGUAUCGACUGUGACUUUUAAUAUGCUGUUUGAAAGCAUUUCUGUGUUGAUUAA